AUGAAUAAACUCUUUGAUGUCAUCCCACCUCAAAUCAGUUACCUCUCUAAACUCGUUUAUCUUGAUCUAGCUUGUAAUGAGUUGUUUGGAAGAAUUCCGCCAGAAAUCGGUCGCCUAAGGAAUCUUACCAUCCUCUAUCUCUUUAAAAAUAAACUUUCUGGCGAAAUUCCCAAAGAGAUAGGGAACUUAAAAUCUCUUGUAGAUCUAAAGUUGUCCGUCAAUAGUUUAACAGGUUCCAUCCCUCCAAGUUUUGGAAGCUUAAAAAAGCUAACAACCUUGUGCUUGUCCAAAAAUGAACUUUCUGGUUCUAUUCCUCAAGAGAUGGGGGACCUGAAAUCUCUCGUGGAGCUUUAUUUGUAUGAGAAUCAACUCAAUGGUUCGAUCCCGACAUCACUAGGUAACUUGACAACCCUUACCCAUCUAUGGCUUUACACAAAUAAAUUUUCUGGCACUAUUCCUGAUGAUAUAGGGAAAAUGGAAUUUCUUGUGCAUCUCUUCUUAUCCAACAACAACUUCACUGGUUGUAUCCCUAAAAACUUUGGAAACUUAGAAAAGCUACAGACGUUGCACUUGUACAGAAAUCAACUCUCCAGUUCAAUUCCAGAAGAAUUAGGGAAUCUGAAAUCUCUUGUGGGUUUAGAUUUGUCUUACAACAAUUUAACAGGUGGCAUCUCUCCAAAAUUUGGAAACUUAAAAAAGUUACAGUUGUUGUACUUGCAUAACAAUCAACUCUUUGGUUCAAUUCCAAAAGAGAUAGGUAACUUAAAAUCUAUUGUGGAUCUAGGGUUGAGCGAGAAUCAACUCAAUGGUUCAAUUCCUGCUUCAUUCGGUACCCUGACCAAUUUGGAAAUCUUACAUCUACGGGAUAACAAACUUUCCGGCCCUAUCCCCAAAGAGAUAGAGAAUCUUAAGAAGUUGACUAGACUGCACUUGGAUACUAACCAAUUUUCUGGUCAUUUGCCCCAACAUAUUUGCCAAGGUGGACAACUCACAAACUUUUCAGUACACAACAACAAUUUGACUGGUCCAAUCCCCAGAAGCUUGAAAACUUGCACGAGCUUAUUCAGAGUCCAUCUUGAAGGGAACCAAUUGACAGGCAAUGUAUCUGAAGUCUUUGGCGUUUAUCCAAAUCUUGAUUUUAUAGAUGUAAGCCACAAUAACUUGUAUGGUGAAAUCUCACACAACUGGGGACAAUGCCCACAGUUAAAAACCCUACUAAUGGCAGGAAACAAGCUUACUGGUAGCAUACCACCUGAGAUAGGCAAUGCAAACAAAAUUCAUGUGCUCGACCUUUCUUCAAAUCAUUUAGUUGGGGUGGUUCCGAAGGAAUUCGGGAGAUUGACUUCUUUGGUGAAGCUGAUGUUGAAUGGAAAUCAACUUUCGGGUCGUAUACCUUCCGAAUUUGGAUCAUUGACUGAUCUUGAAUAUCUUGACAUGUCAAGAAACA